AUGCCACCAAACAGCUAUUUCCUUCAAAUAAAGUUAGCGCGAGGGCGAUGCGCCAGCACUAUUCCUCCAACACCAUUCUCUAACACAUUCCCCAACGCCAUUCCCCCACACCAUUCUCCAACGCUAUUUCUCCAACAUCAUUCCUUCACCAUCCUCCAACACCAUUCCUCCAAUACCAUUCCCCAGCACCAUUCUCCGCUAGUCUCCAACACCAUUCCUCCAACACCAUCCCCCCAACACCAUUCCUCCAACACGAGUCCACCAUCCUCCAACACCAUUCCUCCAACACGAGUCUCACCAUCUCCACCAUUCCUCCACCCAACAUCCUUCCAACACCAUUCCCCAACCCUUUCCUCCCAACACCAUUCUCCCAACACCAUUCCUCCAACACCAUUCCUCCAACACGAGUCCUCCACCAUCCCUCCAACACCAUUCCCCCAACACAUCCCUCCAACACCAUUCCCCCAACACCAUUCCUCAACACCAUCCUCCACACCAUUCUCCAACACGAGUCCUCCAUAUCCCUCCAACACCAACACCAUUCUCCACCAUUCCCCAACACCAUUCCUCCAACACGAGUCCCUCACCAUCGCCUCCAACACCAUUCCCCACACUAUCCUCCAACACCAUUCCCCACAAACACAUCCCUCCAACAACCAUUCUCCAAACGAUUCUCCAACACACCUCCAACACAUUCCCCAACACUAUCCCUCAACACCAUUCGCAACACCAUUCCCCCACCAUUCCUCCAACAAUCCCUCCACUAUCCCCCCAACACCAUCCCAACACUAUCCCUCCAACACCAUUCCCCCAACACCAUCCCUCCAACACCAUCCCUCAAACACCAUUCCUCCAACACAUCCUCCAACACCAUCCUCCAACACCAUUCCCCCCCAACGCCCAUUCCUCCUAUCCCUCCAACACCAUCCCCCACACCAUUCCUCCAACACCAUCCUCCACACCCAUCCCCCCAACACCAUUCCUCCAACACGAGUCCUCCACUAUCCAACACCAUCCUCCACACCAUUCCUCAACACAUUCUCCAACGCCAGUCCUCCAACUAGGAAAUAUACAGCACCACACAAAGUUCGAACAGCAAUUAAAACUCGGAAUUAG